CCGUCGUCGCCGGAGGAGAAAGACCUUCAACACCAGGUUCUGGCGGCGAGUUGUUGAGUCCGUACGUAAAGUCCGUUCAGAAAUUACGAUAAUGCCAUCGUCAAACUUUAUUAAUACAAUUGUUCUCCCUCCGGCUCCUCCUCCUCUUCCAGCGACGGAGAUGGGAGGAGACGGUGGUAAUAAUGAUAAUGACGAUGAUGAUGAUGAUUCCGGAGAUCGUUUAUCGGAGGCUAUGGAGGUUUUCACGGCGGCUUCCUCUUCAUCAUCAUCAGGAAUCUCGGGAUAUGGAUCAGCCAUGUCCUUACGGGAUUUGGAUUAUCCUUAUGAUGAUGAUAUUGAUGAGGAAGAAGAUGAAUGUUAUAGUGAUGUCGAAGGAGGAGAUGAUAUGAUUGAUGAGAAAGCUGAGGAAUUCAUCGUGAGGUUCUAUGCGCAAAUGAAGAUGCAAAAUCAGGUCAAUUUUCCUUUCAGUUAUGGUGAGAGAUCAAGGCUUAGCUUGAAGGCUAUGGCUUGUGAGUUGUUGGGAUUUGGUUCGUGGAAACCGAAGAGGGAGAUUUGUCGGAGCGACUUGGCUAAUGAAGUUCUUGAUGAAGAGAAUCUACGAAUUCUCUGUCUUCCGUUGAUUCGAUUAAGCUCUACCAUGUCUUAUAAACCGAGCGCGAAGACUGAGGUUCGUCGGAACAGGUAUAAGGUAUCUGUGGACGCCGAUGAAGGUCGCCGGAGAAGGGAGGAUAACAUGGUUGAGAUUCGUAAGAAUAAGAGAGAGGAGAACUUGCAGAAGAAGCGGCGUGAAGGUUUUACUCCUUCCAUGGCGUCACAGCUAGGGCAGGAUUUCUCCUCGUCUCUUCCUACGGAAAAGAGAUUGGAGAAUAUACAACAGAUGAUUGCUGGAGUAAUGUCAGAGGAUAGAAACAUACAACUGGAGGCGACGGCUGGCUUCAGGAAAUUGCUUUCAAUUGAGCGAAACCCUCCAAUCAAUGAAGUUGUUCAAUCUGGUGUUGUUCCUCGCAUUGUGCAAUUUCUUUCCAGGGAUGACUUCACUCAACUUCAGUUUGAGGCAGCUUGGGCGCUUACCAAUAUCGCUUCAGGGACAUCUGAGAACACUAAAGUCAUUAUUGAUAGUGGGGCUGUCCCUUUAUUCGUCAAACUUCUUAGUUCUACAAGUGAUGAAGUCCGAGAACAGGCUGUCUGGGCAUUGGGAAACGUUGCUGGUGACUCGCCAAAGUGCCGUGAUCAUGUCCUAAGUUGCGAGGCCAUGAUGUCUCUUUUGGCUCAAUUCAAUGAGCAUUCAAAGCUCUCCAUGCUGAGGAAUGCUACAUGGACAUUAUCAAAUUUCUGCAGAGGGAAGCCGCAGCCUGCAUUUGAACAGACAAAAGCAGCUUUACCAGCUCUUGAGCGCCUUCUGCAUUCAACCGACGAAGAAGUUCUCACAGAUGCAUCCUGGGCUCUCUCAUAUCUAUCUGAUGGUACAAACGAGAAAAUACAAACUGUUAUCGACGCUGGUGUCAUACCUCGUCUUGUUCAGCUCUUAGCUCAUCCAUCACCCUCAGUUCUGGUUCCAGCUCUCCGUACCAUUGGUAAUAUUGUAACCGGAGAUGAUCUUCAGACUCAGGAGGUUAUUAGCAGUCAAGCGCUUCCAGGUUUGUUAAACCUUUUGAAAAACACAUACAAGAAGAGUAUCAAGAAGGAAGCUUGCUGGACGAUCUCUAACAUUACAGCUGGGAACUCAAGUCAAAUUCAAGAAGUGAUUCAAGCAGGCAUUAUUCAGCCUCUGGUUAACCUUCUUCAGAACGGUGAAUUUGAAAUUAAAAAAGAAGCUGUUUGGGCAAUUUCUAAUGCAACUUCUGGUGGCAAUCAUGACCAAAUCAAGUUUCUCGUGAGCCAAGGCUGCAUUAAACCCCUGUGUGAUCUCCUCACGUGUCCUGAUCCAAGGAUUGUCACGGUGACUUUGGAAGGUCUAGAGAACAUUCUCAAAGUAGGUGAAGCUGAGCAGAAUCUAGGCAACACAGGAAACGGUAAUCUCUAUGCGCAGAUGAUUGAAGAAGUAGAAGGUGUGGAGAAGAUUGAGAAUCUUCAGAGUCACGAUAAUAAUGAGAUUUACGAGAAAGCUGUCAAAAUCCUCGAGUCGUACUGGGCUGAAGAAGAAGAGGAGGAUGAAAUUGGCGGUGUGGAUGCUCCUGAGACUUUUCAGGCUUCCGGUUUCCAAUUCGGAAACCAAAGUGGUAAUGCUCCUACUGGUGGAUUCAACUUUGGUUGAAGGUUUAUGUAGAAUCAAAGAUAUUCUAAGUU